GAAAUAGCUGCUUUUCCUGCACGGAGAGCGUAGUCACAAGUUAGACGCAGUUUACGCAUCUUUGUGGAUCGAUUUCAUAUUGGUGUUUUAGUCAGUACGUUAUUGAAGUACUGGGUUUGUCCGAGUCAGCAGUCGUGUGAGUCUGUAACGUUUCCGUUAGCUGUGUGUUGACACGGACGGCAGGACGGAUCCCUGAAGUUAGCAGGGCGAUCAGAUAACGGAUUAGCCAGUUAGCUCACGCCAGUUGUCUCAACACUCAGGCCAGGAGCCAACGAUUGAAGCCAGACAUUAUACUGUUGCUGUUUUUCUGUCCCGGUAAUAAUUUGGUUUGCGUUUCUCGGUCGCUUUUGGUCAGGAGACCUGUUAGUACCGUGUUAGUGUGGCUAGCCGAGCUAAGUUAUCGUUUGGAGAACAGAAAAACGCUACGCCGUGGUCAAAACUGUAUCAGCUUUAGUUUUUCCGAGUUCGUGCCCCCAGUUAUGAUGAAGUAGCUGCGGAAUGAUGCUGCUGCUCUGUCUGCAAUGCUGCUGGCGAGAAAACCACACCUUAAACAGGGAAUGACACUGAACCAACACUUGUCACUUCGCCUUUAGCCACACAGCCAGGGGACAGCCCAAAACUUGGGCCCUUGUGUGUCCAUGCUGUCGGUCUCAGUCUCUUACUCAGCACCUGCCCAGUUGAGCGACAGUGACAGCGAGCCUCCUGGUCCAGCAUGAAGUCCCUCGGCUCCAGAGUCUCCUUUUAUUUGGGUUUCGUUGUGGGAACCUUCACACUGUACGUGUUUCUGCGGCAGGUGUGGUUUGAGAGGACUUUGUCAGCACAGCAGGCCACCAGCCUCGUCAAAAUCCAUGACACAAUACAACAGGACGACGGGACAAAAUGGAAGAAGGAGAGGUCUGCUCUUUUCAACCUGAGGCACCCUAAUCAUACAGGUGAGGACGGCCACAUGGCUGAUGAACUGUACAGAAAGGUGCGUAUUCUUUGCUGGGUGAUGACUGGACCCAACAACCUGGAGAAGAAGGCUCGCCAUGUGAAGUCUACAUGGAGUCGCCACUGCAAUGUCGUGGUCUUCAUGAGCUCUGAGGAGGACCCCGACUUCCCCACGGUGGGCUUAGGUACAAAGGAGGGUCGAGACCAGCUGUACUGGAAAACGAUACGGGCCUUCCAUUAUGCCUAUGAGCAUCAUGCCCAUGAGGCCGAUUGGUUCCUCAAGGCAGAUGAUGACACCUACGUUAUAGUAGACAACCUGCGGUGGGUUCUUGCUAACCACACUCCCGAAGAGCCAAUUUACUUUGGCCGAAGAUUCAAACCCUACACCAAGCAGGGCUACAUGAGCGGUGGUGCGGGCUAUGUGUUGAGCAAAGAGGCUCUGCGGCGAUUUGUAGAAGGAUUUAAUAACAAACUGUGCACUCACACUACCUCUGUGGAGGACCUGGCAAUGGGCCAGUGCAUGGAGAAAGUUGGGGUGCUGGCAGGGGACUCCAGAGACAGCAUCCACAGGGAGACAUUUCACCCAUUUGUCCCUGAGCAGCACCUCACUGCCAAGUUCCCCAAGAGCUUCUGGUAUUGGAGUUACUGCUACUACCCCAUCUCAGAGGGGCCAAACUGCUGCUCGGACGUGUCUGUGUCUUUCCACUAUGUAGAUGCUUCACACAUGUAUUUAUUGGAGUACUACACAUAUCACUUGCGUGCCUUUGGCUACAGAUACCGUUACCAGCCCCCUGGUCCAUUAGGCUACAAUAUGGAGCAGUUGGGUUCCCAGGAUGCCGCAAAAGGAAAAAAAGAGCUGGCUUCUCAGGAGAAACGGCACGCAGAGGGGGAUGAUCUGUCCAGAACUGACAAGAAACAGGAUGCAGAUCCCCCUCCUGCAGCUGGAAAAGACCCUCCUGCUCCAGUGGGCAAAUAACAGCAGGACUCUGUGGGUGUGUGGAGAGGGCUGAUCAUUAGGUCAGGUAGAGUGAUGAGUGUUUUGCUUAUUCAUUCUGAUAAUCUUGGCUCAUAUUUCUACAAAAGUAGAAAAACUGUCCACUUUGAUUUGAAAUGUCUGAGAGGAGGAUUCGCUGUCUGAAGGAGUGCUACUGAUGUGAACUGUGACAGCAAGACUGUUUUUUGGAGGUGAUUUGUGACUUUCCCCACCCUGUUUUUCAGGUUUGUUUUACAAUCGAGUGUCUUCUUGGGAAUAGCUUUCUGUAAGCUGCUUUUGUUUGAAUGAUGAUCAAAUGAGAAGGAGGACAGCAUAUUAGUGAGUUAAAUUUGACUUUGCCAGAGUUAUGUUCUUUUCUUGACUAUUGCUAUAAUAACACACACUACAGCGAAGUGCUUCUUGACUUGCUGGAGUUGUCUGACUUGAUUUCGCACAUAAUGAUGCCUUUGAAGCUAAUGAGACCCAGCUGAUCAAACCAGCAUCUGAUUCCUUCUGCAUUCAAAAAAACUCCACCCUGCCUAUAAGUGAAAUGGACCACUGCGCAGUUUACUUCCUCCCAAACUUGUAUCGGGCUGCUUUCGAAAGCAUUUUCACAGUGCUGGCAAGUGUAAUCGGACAUCCAGGUUUACAUAGCUUUUUAUUCAGUUGUAUGCUGUGCUCACUCUUAAAAGAUUCAUUUUACACAAAGAGUAUUUUAUUUGGCUCGUGUAGUAUAUUCUGAAGUUUUCAUUAUGUUAUUAAAAUGACUAGGGCUAACAGUCAAAAAACAGAAAAAUAAUCAAUUUAUAAUCACAUAGGACUCAGAAAAACAGCUGUUUUCUGUCAGUUACUGUGAUAGUGCAACAAAAGUAUUUUGCCCCACAGAGGGUUGCAGCCUUGAUCGAGCGAUACUACCUACCUUCCCAAAAGUUGACCCCUUAAAAGAAAAACCCAAAAUACACACUUUUCAUAGGAAAAGCACAGUUUAUAUGUGUUCAUAUUUCUUUCUGCCUAAUAGAGGUACAUGGAUGUGACCAUGGUGCUUUAAAUGAAAAGUCCAAAAGACAACAUUUUUACAGUCCAGCCAAAGAGUGAAGACAGACUAUACACAGACAUUAUUUGUGUUCUUCUGGGUUGUUUACCACAAAUAUUCAGGAUGUUAAUCUCUUCAUUUGAUAAAGCAUUCCUCUUUGAAUUGAUUAACUCCCUUUAAACUUGACAGGGAAGUAGACCGUUUAAGGUCUUUCUUUCUUAUUUGAAAUGAGUUGCAUUAUACGCCCAACCACCCAUGGCAUAAACUUACCUACCUGUUCUGAAACUGACAAUAGGCACCACGCCCUGCGGCUUCCCCCAGUGAACCCAUUAGCUUGUGCCUUGUAAAGUGAGAUUGUAUGAGCAGUCAGCAGCACACAUGACUUUGCACUGUGGCAUAAACACAGAGAGUAAUGCUUUCAGAUGGAGUAUUAUUUUAUUGAAUCCUUACAGUGUAAUGAGCAUGGUCCUGUGGGCAAGCCAGCGGACAACUUGUAUUUUGAAUAAGCAAGAUUUCUUUCUUUUUUUUUUUCUGUUUCUGUAAUUUUUUAAAUUCUGUUCAGGCCAGACCUUUUAUUUUAUAGUUAGUACAUUGUGUACAUUUAAAAGUAUUCAUUCCUUUAUUAUGUUGUAACCAAAUAAACAAUUAAUUUUGUGGACAAUACGGUUUUUGCCAAAUACAGAAAAUGGCUCCAUGAUUCAGGCAUUUCAAUUUAUGUGAAAAUUGCAUGCACUUUUGAGUGUUAUAGUUGAUUUUCUUUUUAAUCACUUAAACCUUUUAUUCUCCUUUCAGGUUACAACUAUAUGAGUUGACUAAAGUCCAUUAAAAAUGCCUUUUUGUAAAUGUUUAUUCUCAAGUGUUUCCUUCUGUACAUGAGCACAGAGCAUGUUCAGUUUUUUUGUAUUAAAAGUCCAUGUUAAAUCAUAUCAGCAUGUUUUUCAUGACGGUUUUAUUUAAAGUGAAUCACUUCUUUGUUUUCAAGUGAAUUAACAGUCUACCACAGGACUGCCAUGCAGACGGUUGAUAUCAGUGGAUCAAAGACCCGAGGCCCCAAACACUCCACUGAUAACUGCCACAUAUGGGUUCUGAUGUCAGUGAUGCAACACAUCAAGUACUCGACAAUCUGCUCUAACAUUCAAAUUGUAUGAAAGGGAAAGGUGUACAGUACUGUAUUUAUAUUUGAAAAGAAUUCAUGUUGGUAUUGACGUCCAGAGUCCAUAGGCUUUGGUGUGCAAAUGAGUUUGUGUGAGCACACGUGAUCAGUGUGCAGGAUUAUUUUCAUUGAAUGGUACUUUAAUCACCAUAAAUAAAUGCAUAUUUUAUUGUA